UAUUUGAGAAAAAAUGCCUAUAUAUAUAGAGCGAGAAUCGUCCAAGUUAAAGAGACGUCGAUAGCUAAAUUCGAUGUCUCGAGGCUUCCUCCAGAUCCUGGAUCUUCCAUGGAUUGAAGCCCUAAAACCUUAUACUCAACUUGCACUCUGAGAGCUUUAUCUUUAUAGAUUUGCGUUGUCCAUGGAAAUUUCCGAGUCUGCGCAAAAGACCGUUCUGCUCGAGCCGUUCGUAAAGUUGGUGAAGCUUGUUGCUAGGGCUUUCUAUGAUGAUUAUACGUCGAAAGGGGAUAAUCAGCCGAAAUCGGCGAGAAGCGACAACAGAGGAAUUGCGGUCGUGGUGCUCGACGCUCUCACCAGGCGACAAUGGGUUAGAGAAGAAGAUUUGGCGAAGGAAUUGAAGUUACACACCAAGCAGCUUCGAAGAAUGUUGAAAUUCUUUGAAGAUGAGAAACUGGUCAUGCGGGAAAACAGGAAGGAGACUGCAAAGGGUGUAAAGAUGUAUAAUACUGCAGUAGCUGCCACAACUGAUGGCCAUUCAAGAGGAGCAGAGGACAAAGUUAAGCUCCAUACCCACUCAUAUUGCUGUCUUGAUUAUGCACAGAUAUAUGAUGUUGUUCGGUAUAGAAUACACCGAAUGAAGAAAAAGCUCAAGGAUGAAUUGGAAGACAAGAACUCUGUUCAGGAAUACGUGUGUCCUAGUUGCAGAAGAAAAUACAAUGCACUGGAUGCAUUGCGAUUAAUUUCUAUGGAAGACGAUUCUUUUCAUUGUGAAAACUGCAAUGGGGAACUUAUUGUUGAGAACAACAAGCUAACAUCCCAAGAAGCAGGGGAUGGUGAUGACAAUGCAAGGAAACUUAGACGUGAAAAGCUAAAGGAGUUGAUUCAGAAGUUAGAGGUUCAGAUGAAGCCUUUGAUGGAUCAAAUAAAUAGAGUAAAAGACCUUCAAGUUCCCGACUUUGGAAGUCUUCAAGCUUGGGAAGCUCAUGCAGCUUUGGCUGCUCGUGGCCUAAAUGGUGAUGCUAACCCAAAUGAUCCUUCUAGAUCUUUUCAGGGUGGAUAUGGUUCAACACCGAUGCCCUUUCUUGGAGAGACAAAGGUGGAAGUUAACCUUGGUGAAGGAAAGGAGGAAAAUGUCAAAUCUGAAGGCGGAAGUUCUGGACUGAAGGUUUUGCCCCCAUGGAUGAUUAAGCAAGGAAUGAAUCUUUCCAAGGAGCAAAGAGGAGAUAUCAAACAAGAAUCAAAGGCCGAUGGAGGUAGCUCAGCGACAGGAAAGCUUUCAGAUGAAAAGAAGUCAGCCAUGGGGAGCGACAACGAAACGAACUUACAGGAUGAAUAUGUCAAAGCAUAUUAUGCUGCUCUACUGAAAAAGCAGCAAGAACUGGCUGAAGCUACGACGAUGACAGAGUCUGUGGAUGCAGUCACCUCUGAUACUCCGUUGGAUACGUCUUCAGGUCGUCAGGUGGGUAUGAAAUCAAAACGGGAAGGGGAAGAGGAUGAAGAUGUUGAAUGGGAAGAAGAGACUACUAUACUAACAGCAAACUCCAAUACCGAAAAUUACAAGGUGGGCGAUUUGAAUGUUGAGGCGGAGGCUUUAGCAGAGGAAGACGAGGACGAGGACGUUGACUGGGAAGAAGGCUGAAUUCACAGAUUCUUCCGAACACGAAUUCUCGAAAACUUGGUGGAGAAUUGAAACAUCAGUCGCAAGAUCCUAAACGAAGGAUCGAAACGGUAGGAAAAAGGAUUGAAGAAUCAAGAAUUGCGGGCCAGAAAAGACUGUCAUUUUCAGACAGUAGUUGGUAUUGUUCCGUCUUCCAUUUCCUUUGCCUCCAUAAACAUACCCCCAGAUGCAAUAUAGUCAAGUGAAAGAAGCAAAUGCUGCGUUUCUUAUUUUCAUU